AGAGAGAGAAAGAGAGAAAGGCGAUGGAGGCGAUUUUAGGGUUUCCGCUAUCUAAAUAUUUUUGCCAAUUUGUUUCCGUCUUCUUUUGAUCUUCAACAAUCUCAGUUUUGAGCUGAAGAUUAUCGGGAUCCGAUUCUCUUCAGAUCGAUAAAUCCAUGGCUGCAGCUGGAAACAAGAGCAUUAACGCCAAAUUGGUGUUACUUGGAGAUGUUGGAGCUGGAAAAUCAAGUCUUGUGUUACGUUUUGUCAAAGAUCAGUUUGUUGAAUUCCAGGAAUCAACCAUUGGUGCUGCUUUUUUCUCACAAACGUUAGCUGUCAACGAUGCAACUGUCAAGUUUGAGAUUUGGGAUACAGCGGGUCAGGAACGGUACCAUAGUUUGGCUCCAAUGUACUACAGAGGUGCUGCUGCUGCAAUCAUUGUUUUUGAUGUUACGAAUCAGGCCUCGUUUGAGAGGGCAAAGAAAUGGGUUCAGGAACUGCAGGCACAAGGUAACCCUAAUAUGGUCAUGGCCCUUGCUGGAAACAAAUCUGAUUUAUUAGAUGCAAGGAAGGUGACUGCAGGGCAAGACAAAUUCUUGGAUACAAUGUGGGUCUCGAGUUUGGAGACAAAUUUGUUUAUGUUCACAGUUUAUCGGUUCUACAUUAUUUUGGAAUCUUGGGUUUUAAUGUGGAAACAAAAAUAUGUUAUUAAUAUACGGUUCUUAUGGAAUUAUAAUGCGUUUUGGGGAUGGAUUUAUAUAAUUACGUUUUCUACUCCUAGAAUAGGCUUUUUAAUUUAUGAAGUAUUCAUGGUUAAAGCAAACGGAUUCGACUUCGUCGUUGACUUGGAAAGAAGAACAUGUUCAUGUGGGAAGUUUGAGAUAGGGAAACUUCCUUGUAGACACGCUAUAAAAGGAGCUUAUGCGAUAGGCAAGUGUAUAUACCCAUAUGCUGAUGAUGUGUAUACCACUGCCACUUGGAGAUCGUUAUAUGAGGAAACUAUUAAUCCAAUUGGUGUUCCCGAAGAAGAAUGGCGUGUCCCAGAGGAGGUUGCAGCUGCAAUUGUGUUACCACCUGAAACAAGAAGACAACCUGGUCGACGAAGAAAACGAAGAUAUGAAACGGCUGAAGACAAGAUAAAAGCGUCACAACAAUCACAAUUGUCAAAGAGACAUAGGUGUAGUCGUUGUGGAAAAGAAGGCCAUAAUCGAACAACAUGUGACAUAGCUAUAUGA